GGAGCUCCCUGGGUUAGGCACAAAUGAGCAUCGCGCCAGCUGGCAGGGAUCGGCUAGCUAGCUAGCAGCAGGUUUCUGCCCGGGCUGCCCUGGCGCGGCAUGUUUAGCUGACCUGGGGAGUGUUUCAUCAACAUUUUCAUCCGACAAGUUGUCAGAUCUGACAUCUUUCUCUGAUGUUGAUUGGCUGAGAGGUACUGUUACUAUGGUAACUGUCGGAUAAAAUGGGACUUGUCGGAUAAAACGUCCGACAAGUCCUUUCAUGAAACGCACCCCCGGUGGUCGAUGGUCGGCCCAGCCAAGCCUGCGCUGAUAGAGCUAGCUACCAAGUACCGCUACGCACCGGGCGGGCCGACCAGGCAGGCCCGGUCGACCGCCGGCACCCCAGGCCCACCGUACCACUCCUAAUACCCGUCGCAGCUCCAAUUCAACGCUCUCCUUGGCAAAUACACUGUCGAGAAUCAUGUCAGGUUCUUUCAGGCUGAUUUCAAGAUGCUGGCUGAAAAUGAUGAAACCAGUUUCAGAGACCACAUCACUGAGGUCUAUUUCAGUAACUUCAACAAUUUCAGCAGAUAAGCCAGCUCAAGGGUCCAAAACUGCAACACCCUCUAAGCCAGCUGCAGCAUCCAAAGCCAGCACUGGAGGAGAGAGUUAUCAGGUACCUGAAUACUAUCAAUACAACGAGAUGUCCUAUUACCAAAUGGAGUCUGAUAUGAGGAAGGGUAGACUACCACAACCCAAUCCAGGACAACCAAAUAAUUAGGGACGAGGAAGGAAACCAGAGCGAGAUUUAUACUGGACUCUUGAAACAACUACAAGAAAUAAUUAGCAUGUCAUGCGAUUAUGUGAUUCUUUGAGAUGAAUCUAGCUCUGUGAUAAAGGCUAAGUUAUUUAAAAGAAAAUCUUGCACAGAAGAACCAUAAAUGAAUGGUAAAUGAAAUAAUAUGCAGUUUUGCAGUUAAAAAAAAAACCAGUCAAAUGUAUUAUUUUUAUUAUAUUCUAAAGGGCGUAACACUUGCAAUCAAGUUUUUAUUUAAAAUGUAAAUCUGUGGGUGAUCAAUUAAAAUGGGUAAAUUUUAACUAUAUCAAAUCAAUAAAUACGUUCUCUUAUAUGAUUAAUUAAUCACAUUUAUUUAAUAUAUGAUUAUUUACAUAUUUGCAACUUAUUUCAACAAAUGCAAUCAAUUUUAGGAUCUAAAUAUAAGUUGCAAUUUGAUUGUUAAUUACUUGCACUGUGAGCCCCAUAUUAUUACUCAAAAUAACCUUUAAAUCACGAAAGAGCAAGUAGGCAUUACCAGUCUUCUUCAGUGUGAAUUAGUCUUAAUUGGCAAAAGGAAAAAUUGAACAUGUAAAUUGUAUGAUAUAUUCCAAAAAAUAUGUAUUUCAAAUUGUUCAAAUGAGAUGGUAUGUGGAAGAUGGAUCAUUAAAUUUGAACUUAUAUUUCCAUUUCAA